AUGUAUAAAGUGGUGUCAAAGUUGCUUGCAAACAGGCUAAAGAAGGUUCUGGAUAAUCUAAUUAGUGAACAGCAGUUUGCGUUCCUAGGCGGGAGACAGAUGUUGGAUAGUGUGGUGGUAGUAAAUGAAGCUAUCAAUGCUGCGAAACGUUCCAAAAAGCCAACGGUGAUCUUUAAGGUUGAUGAUUAUGAGAAGGGGCUGAAUUUAGAAUGGAGAAGGGUCUUAGCACCAUUCUUAUUCUUGAUUGUGGCGGAGGGACUUAAUAGACUAUUUUUUCAAGCUGUCAAUAGUGGUAAAUUUACUGGCUUCAAGUUUGGGACCGAAAGUGCUCUGGAAAUCCCGCUACUUCAGUUUGCAGAUGAUACAGUGUUCCUUGGUGAGGCGACUAUGCGUAAUAUUGCUACCAUCAAAUGUGUGUUGCGGUGCUUUGAACUGGCAUCAGGUUUGAAAGUAAAUUUUCACAAGAGUAAAUUGGCAAGUGUAGCUGUGGAAGCGGGUGUCCUAUCCAGGUUUGCAACUGUGCUCAACUAUAAAUUGAUGUCAAUUCCUUUUAUUUAUUUGGGCAUUCCGAUGGGUGGGAAACCAAGAGGAGCGCAACUUUGGGACUCUGUCAUUAAUAAGUUCAGGAGCAAACUAUCUAAAUGGAAACAGCGGAUGGUUUCCUUUGGAGGAAGAGUUUGCCUCAUCCAGAGUGUACUUUCUGCCUUAUCACUAUUCUUUUUGUCGUUCUUUAAAUUGCUGGUUCAUGAUAUGGAAGACCCGGUUUGUGAUUUUGCUUCUAUCUGGGCAACUCCAGCGCCUUCAAGUGCAAGAGCUUUUGUUUGGCGCUUGAUGUUGGAUCGGAUCCAAACUAGGGACAAUUUAAGAAGACGGCGUGUGCUCUCCAACCCGGAAGAAUUGCUAUGUCCAUUCUGCCUUUCUGUGGAGGAGAGUAGUGCUCACUUACUCUUCUCUUGUGCAUUCUCAAUGGAGCCACAAAACACAGAAAAGAUGGAGAGUAAACAGUCAUUCUGGUCCUUGAAUGUGUUCACUUAUGAUGAAGUGGUCCUCAACUGUUGGAAAUGA